GUUCGAUCCGGUUUGAAGGUAUCUACGAAAAGAUAUAAAUGAACUUGAAACACAGCGCGCCAUUAUUGAAGUAGGUGGUCCUACAGUAACUUUCACAAUUUAUUGUUUUAAUAUUCUAUGUACGUAAGCAUCAGCUGAUCCUUGUCUGGCAUACAAAAUGAAGCACCAGUUAACCAAAUAUUUACUUUUCGUUCUACUGCUGAAAACAAUCAGUGGUCUUACCGGAGUAUGGAGGUGGGAAUGCGAAGAGGGUUAUUGUCAGAAGAAAGAAAUUACUCCAGAUACCCAAGACACAGCCAUAAGUCUUUCAGCAUGUCGUCUACUGUGCUCCGAUGCUUCCGCCCUUUGGCCUAAACCCACCGGCGAAAUCCACGUGGGAACCACCCUAGUAAAAGUCAACCCAAACAGCAUAAGCCAUUCAGGUGUAGGUUCUGAAAAACGCAGUCACAGUCUAAUCGGUGGUGCUAUGACUCGUUUCAAUAAGCAACUGAAUGAACUGCGGCCCAAAACUAAAAGAGCUGAUGGUGGCAAAACUCUAGAAAUUACAUACAUUCUAUCAGAUCCAGGUUUGACAGACCUUACACUCGAGACUGAAGAAGGAUACGCUUUAACAGUUGUCGAAACGUCGGACGGGCGUCUAAAUGCUACAAUUGUCGCUGACAACUUCUACGGAGGGCGCAAUGGACUGGAAACCCUAAACCAACUAAUUGUUUAUGAUGAUUUAAGAGAAGAAUUGAUUAUGCCGAACGACAUUAGUAUUACUGAUAAACCGGCGUACCCUUGGAGAGGAUUAGCCCUGGAUACCUCCAGAAACUAUAUUACGGUUGACGCGAUCAAAAACACCUUAAGCGCUAUGGCAUCAUCUAAACUGAACAGUUUCCACUGGCAUAUUACAGACAGUCACAGCUUCCCUUUCACGGCAGACAGUCUGCCAGACCUGAGAAAAUAUGGAGCUUAUACUCCAAAAAAAAUUUAUACUCCAGAAGAUGUAGCUGAUAUUGUUGCACAUGGAAAAGAGUGUGGAGUAAGAGUUGUACCAGAAUUUGAUGCUCCCGCUCAUGUUGGUGAAGGAUGGCAAAACACAGAUUACGUCGUUUGUUUCAAAGCCGCACCAUGGCAGGACUAUUGUGUGGAACCUCCAUGUGGACAAUUUGAUCCGACUAAGGACGGACUGUAUGACGCACUUGAAUCCCUUUAUGGUGACAUGAUUAAACAAUUCCAACCAACUAUUUUCCAUAUGGGUGGCGACGAAGUCCACUUCGGUUGCUGGAACAGUACGGCGAGUAUAGUCGAAUGGAUGCAAAAUCAAGGAUGGGGCCGGUCCGAAGAAGAUUUUAUAAAACUGUGGGACCACUUCCAAACCGAAGCCCUAAAGAGACUGUACAAACAAACCAGCAGUAACAUUCCUGUCAUUUUAUGGACCAGCACAUUAACAGAGGGAGAAUAUCUAGAACAUCUGUCAAAAGACCAGUACAUUAUCCAGAUAUGGACCACAGGUUCUGAUCCCCAAAUAUCAAAUCUUCUUGCAAAUGGUUACAGAGUUAUUAUAAGCAACUACGACGCUUUAUAUCUGGACUGCGGUUUUAGUGGCUGGGUAACAGAUGGAAACAAUUGGUGCUCUCCUUAUAAAGGAUGGCAAAAGAUUUACGAGAACAAACCGGCUACAGUUGCAGGCGGCAAAAAUGAUCUAGUACUAGGAAUGGAAGCAGCUCUAUGGACCGAACAGGUGGACAGUGCCAGUGUGGACACUCGUCUGUGGCCAAGAGCAGCUGCAAUGGGAGAAGUGCUCUGGAGUGAACCCUCCAACGGUUGGAGGGAAGCUGAAUCACGUAUGUUGGUGCAAAGAGAAAGAAUCAUUAAUCUAGGAGUAAACGCCGACGCUCUUGAACCAGAGUGGUGCAGACAAUACGAAGAAAGUUGUCCCACAAAUGGCAAACACAAUGGAGGUGAAUAUACCCCUACCACUCUAAUGCCGCCAACAACAGGAUCUGCAACUAAAAUCCUAGGUGGACAUCCAACUAGUGUUACUGUGAUUUUCCUACUCACUGUUACUGCUGUACUUUUUAUUUCAUAAUAUUGGUGGUCGUUUGAUUAUUUCACCACUCACUUGUUAACCAACUUAUUAAUCUACACAGUAAUUUUAAAAACAUGCAACUUAUUGCUGGGACUUGCCCUAGCAUACAUUUGCAAAUGCUCAUUUAUUCUUAUCAGUAUUGUAGUAUUAAACGUUAAAAUAAAAAAAUCAUCAACAUUCAAAA